AAAAAGCACAAACGGAGGAUCUUCCCCAACUAUCAGCAUCCAUUUCUCUCUCCUCCUCAAAUACCAACCAAAAUUCCAUCAAAUUUCAAUUUUUUGUGAUUUUCAAUCUAUCAUCAUCUUAACUAAAAAAAUCUUAAAAAUCUCACAAAUUCAAAUCAAAUUUCCCUUUUUGAUUUCAGUUAAAAUGGCGAAUUGCAGUGAGUUUUCUCCGUUUACAUUUUCAGACUUCCCAGAAGACGUGCAACUGUGCAUCCUAUCGUUCUUAACGCCGUCAGACAUCUCCUCCUUCGCCUGCACCUCGAAACGGUUCGUGCCUCUGUGUCGAUACGACGGUGGGCGGGUUUGGUACGCCAUGUGCGACCGCAGGUGGGGUUCGAAGACCCAGAUCAGAAAAUGGGGCGAUGGGAAAAUCGGGUUCAGAUUCCUCUACAAGACCCUAUCGGAGUACGAGAAUCUGAUCGGGUUUUGGCGUCGCAGCGGUGGAGUUUCUGGCGGUGUAGGAAUAUUCGGCGAAGCUCCACUUGUGUUCUUCGAGUGGGGGGAAUCGUGUGUGAUGGGGUCUAGGAUAUUACCCUCUAAGGAUGGGUCUUACAAUGUGAUCAAAUCUCCGUUUAUUCGGUUGAGUUUAUCAGGUGAUGGGCAGGCCUUGAAUUACCUCAAGAACAAUACCCAAGACAAUGAGAAGGAAUCAGUUUUGGGUUCGGGUUCGGGUUCAGGUUUGGAUUUGGUUCAAGUGGAUGUGAGUUUUAUGGGGAAAGGUCAUGUGGUGUUGGAAGAAAGCAAUUUGAAUUGGGGGAAUUCAGGGGGUUCUCCAAAUGGGAAUGUGAAUAAGAACUUCGACAAUGUGGUUGUGGGGAGCCCAGAGGUGGAGAUUGGGUCGCCCCCAGACCGGAUGAUGUCGGAAAUGUAUCAGUAUUUUGCCAACCGGAGAAGUCCUGGGGCGGGUGGGGAGCGGGCUUGGAGGCGGCAGAGGAGGCGGGAGAAAGAGAGACAAUCGAGGAGGAAAUGGGAGCCUGAACAUCUUGUCAAGAUUGUUAAUUGCUCCCCUUCUCCUUCUCGCCCUUUGCAGGGACUGUGGAAGGGUCUAUGCAAGGACACGAGCCUUGAUUUCUAUCUUGUGGCAUACGAUGAUAUUGGAGGUGUUGCUUGUCGAAGAGUUGGGGACUCUUUGAAACCCUUGUCUGGUUAUGCACCUGUAUUUUGGACUUCAAAUGCUACAUUUAUUGAUUCCCCACUAUCUCAUGAAGAAGACUAUGUGUACAAUACACGUAUGCAUCUUGGACCUACAGGUGAAAUAGAAGAUGAUAUUAUUGAGUACUCACCUUCACGUAUUAUGUACAUUAACUCAAGUUACGACCUGGUGAUUCCUGACUUGACUGGGACUUCUGCAAAUCCUCGGCAUGUGGAGGGAAGAGUUUGGCAAUAUGUUGAUGGGACAUUUGGGUUUGGAGUUCUUCGUAACAAUUUUAUUGUGGACCUGAAGCAUAUUGCCCAAGAUGACUAUCUUUUGGAUGCUGCUGAACUCUAACUCUGUAGUGGGUGAUCCAUUCUCUGGAUCCAGUUGUGGCAGAGUUCAGACCAAGAUUAGUGAUUUAGAUUCUGCAGCUUGUAAUGUAAUUCUGGCUGUGUUAACAUAUUUCUUCUUUUGCCUAGUGGCUUGUAUGUUGUAACAUAUUCUUGUACAUUAUUCGAGGGCUAUUUCCCUUGUUUUAUUAUUUAACCCUCACCAUUCUUUUCUUUGCUGUCAUUUGGAUCAUGACAUGUGAUGAUCUUCUGGUCAAACUUUGUAAUAACUUUUCCAAAUUUCCAAUAAAUCUAAUGACAGCAUUUUCAGAACA